GUGUUCAUGGGCCGGUGACAGUUUGAUUAAUCAUCUCAUAGUAAAACCAGGUGUUUCAAAGCACUUUAAAAGUUUGAUAUGUGGCCAGGUAUGUAAGGUUUCCACUGGUCUGAGCUCAGUUUGUCGCCUCUCUCCUGCAGAUCGAAUACACACCGACAUAAAGCAGCAUAGCACCAGAAACAUGGGCUCCACGGGACACCUCUGCUCGCUGCUGCUGCUUGUCUGUCUGCUGGGAAUCCAUCACUCCUCAGCUUUCUGGAUUGUCAAUGUUGUCUUCCCUCCAGAAGCCAAACCCAGAGUACCAAGCAACAGCACUCCACCACUCAUUAUCGUGCCAGGGAACUUGGGAAAUCGUCUGGAUGCAAAGAUAGACAAGCCAACACUGGUCCAUUGGUUGUGCUACAAGAAAACUGAAAACUGGUUCCCCCUGUGGAUUGACCUCAACAUGUUCAUGCCUAUAGGUGUAGACUGCUGGAUUGAUAACAUUAGACUUGUUUACAACAGGACGACUCGGCGAUCAUCCAACUCACCAGGGGUGCAGGUGCGGGUGCCAGGUUUUGGGCAGACAUAUCCCAUUGAGUUUCUCGACAAUAACAAACUGGCUGGUUAUUUUUUCACUAUGGUGCAACAUUUGACCAAUGUGGGCUACAUCCGAAAUGAGACAGUCCGAGGAGCACCGUACGAUUGGAGAUUAGCUCCCAAUGAAAAUGCAGAAUAUUUCAGAAAGUUGCAGGACCUGGUGGAGGAGAUGUAUGACCAGUACCAGCAGCCUGUUUACCUGCUAGGACACAGCAUGGGCUGCCACUACGUCCUGUACUUCCUCAACCACCAGACACAGGACUGGAAGGACAAGUACAUCAGGGGCUUCAUUUCCCUGGCAGCUCCAUGGGGGGGUGCUGUUAAACCACUUAGAGUCCUGUCGUCAGGUGAAAAUGACGGCAUCCCGAUGAUUUCCAACAUCAAGAUCCGUGAGGAGCAGAGGAUGACAACAACAAAUCCCUGGAUGCUGCCAUCUGACAUAGUCUGGCCAAAGAACCAUGUGUUCAUCUCCACACCGACCGUUAACUACACCAACCAGGAUUACCAGCGCCUCUUCACAGACAUCAAUUAUGAGGACGGCUGGCACAUGUGGGAGGACACCAAGAACCUUACUAGUGAUCUCCACCCACCUGGUGUUGAGACUUGGUGUAUGUAUGGCGUGGGGCUUGCAACACCAGUGACUUACAUUUAUGACGAGGACUUUCCAAACUCUGACCCAGUGGACUUUGUUUACGCCGAUGGGGAUGACACGGUGGACAGCUUUAGCAUGGGUCUUUGCAAACGUUGGGUAGGGCAGCAGGAGAAGCCCGUCCAUGUGACAGAGUACCGAGGGCUGGCUCACCUGGACAUAGUGUUCCACGAAAAGGUGCUCGACCAAAUUGAACUUAUCUUGGAGGGCAAAUCAGAAAUACCCAAAGAGAUUGACGUCCGCUUUGGAUCUAAAUAGAAGACCACAGCAUUUAAGAGUUUGAAAAACAAAGACACAUGGAGUGCUGGAUUUUUUUUUUUGCAUUAUUGACUUCUGAGUCUGUUCAGCUGUCAAGAAAAAAACCCAUUCCACCCAGGUCCAACAUUUAUUAACAAAAACAAUUCUAAACCAAUCUUGACCAGUAACAAAUCUAACCCUGACCAAGCAGCCCAUAACCAUGACCCCCUUAUCUAAACUAAAGGCUGAUGACUUGCAGCGACCCUGUUCUGUUUAUGUCUGUUUCUAAAAUGCUUAGUUUGUUGUAUCUUAGUAAUCACGGUAUAAGUAUUUAUCACAAUAAUUCAAAAAUAGUAAUAGGGAUGUGCUUAUGAUGGUUCAUUUGAUGUUAGCAUAUUAUGUUUUCUCAGUCCAGCUAGGCGACUUCAAAUUCUGUUACAUACAAAUUUACAAAAAUACACAAUCCUGCUUUGUUUACUUUUGGUGGAUGAUGAAUUAAUCAUCACAUCAUUAUUUUUAAAGUGCACAUGCACACACAUACACACACCCAAUGACACACAUUUGUCAUAUUCUGUAGAUAGAGUUUGCCUGUAAUAAAUAAAAAGGCUAUAGGGACCUCACAAGUAGCCUAUGUUAUUGUGUAUCUUGUCACUAUAAUAUUUUUAUACAUAUAUAUAUACAUAUAUAUAUAUAUAUAUAUAUAUAUAUAUAUAUAUAUAUAUAUAUAUAUGUAUAUAUAUAUAUAUAUUAGUUAUCUGAGUAAAAUCUUUUGAAAAAUUAUGACAAAAAAAUCGCGUUUCUCCUCGGGCUCCUAUUAAUAACAGUAGCUAAUACAUUUAAAUGACUGGUGAUGUGAAUUUUUACUGUACUGUUCUUGCCAAAUGUAUUUGAAUUGUUCCACUUACAAUAAAGCACCUAAUACCACAAU